AAAUCUUAUUUAUAAUUGGUAGGUGGUGGUUUGUGAAACAUUGUCCAAAACUCGAAAGCCCCCAUAUAAACGAAAUUUCGCCAAAAAACGUUUUAUUUACAGUUACCUGUCAGGUGAGAAAAUUUUCUCUGAAAAAUUCAGAGACGUGUUGAUUUUAGUUGAGAACUGUCAGUCUAACGUUUUUUUCUGUCAUCGAAAUUUGUUGUGUAAUAAACUGCAACAAAAGUGCUCGAAAUCCUUUUGUAAUCGGUUGUGAUUUAUUUAAAAGUGAUCAAGUUGGAUAUGCAGUGUCUAUUUUAUGUGUUUUGGUGAAGGCCGAUGGAAUUUUUAAUAAAUUGUGUGGGUCCAAGUGUGGCCAGCAACGGAAGCAGCGGCCAGAGACGGCGAUACAAUUUUCGAUAAAAAUGUAUAUUUUAUUUAAAAUUGGUAGGUGGUGGUUUGUGAAACAUUGUUCAAGACUCGAAAGCCCCCAUAUAAACGAAAUUUUGCCAAUUUCAAGAAAUUUGARGUUACCUGUYAGSUGAGAAACGAGAGCCGCGGAUUUUGGGCCAUCGAAAGGAACCUAUCUAAAAUAGAAAUUAUACUUAUCUGCUAACAUAAAAGAGCAAGAUGAUCCGCACUGGAUACCGCCACAAAUACAAAAGUUGCGAUUAAGAAAAUAUCGCCUUUUGAACAUCAAACUUAUUGUCAGAGGACUCUCAGAGAAAUUAAAAUACUCACAAGGUUUAAACAUGAAAAUAUUAUCGACAUAAGGGACAUACUUCGAGCGGUUACGAUAGAUCAGAUGAGGGAUGUUUAUAUUGUACAAUGCUUAAUGGAAACAGACCUUUAUAAACUUCUUAAAACACAGAGACUGAGUAACGACCACAUAUGUUACUUCCUGUAUCAAAUCCUGCGAGGGUUGAAAUAUAUACAUUCGGCAAAUGUACUUCAUAGGGAUUUGAAACCAAGCAAUCUUCUCUUAAACACAACCUGCGAUCUUAAAAUAUGUGAUUUUGGAUUGGCUCGAGUAGCUGACCCCGAACAUGAUCAUACAGGGUUCCUUACUGAAUACGUAGCAACUAGAUGGUAUAGAGCACCGGAAAUCAUGCUUAAUUCAAAAGGGUACACGAAGUCUAUAGAUAUAUGGUCGGUGGGUUGCAUUUUAGCAGAAAUGUUAUCAAAUAGACCGAUCUUCCCUGGAAAGCAUUAUUUAGAUCAAUUAAAUCACAUUCUUGGAGUGUUGGGUUCCCCUUCAGAAGAAGAUCUCAAUUGUAUUAUAAACGAAAAAGCGAGAAGUUACAUACAAUCUUUGCCAUAUAAACCUAAAGUUCCUUGGUCGAAACUAUUCCCAAACGCAGAUCCUAAAGCGUUAGAUCUUUUAGAUAAGAUGUUAACGUUUAAUCCUCAUAAAAGAAUUGGUGUCGAAGGAUCGUUGGCGCAUCCGUAUUUAGAGCAGUAUUAUGAUCCAGCAGAUGAGCCGGUGGCUGAAACUCCAUUCCGCUUUGAUACAGAACUGGACGAUUUACCGAAAGAUCAAUUAAAACGGUUAAUUUUCGAAGAAACAAUUCUUUUUAAACAAAAACAGCAGCAGGAACAACAACAAGCGAUGGCUGCAUCAUAGUCAUUUGAGAUAAGCGUUUAAAUUUUUCUUAUGUAUAUGUUGGAAUUAAUUAAAGUUUUCGUUUGGUGAAGGCAAA